AUCCGUCGAUGUGAGCAAGAUCAUACACAAUGUACCCGUUUCAGAAGCAAAGAUUCUUGGUAUCCGACUAGACUCCUGGAUGUUGGCUCCAAGGGCAGCUCCUCAAUCGUACUUGUCCGCAGCGCUCAAGCCAUACACAAAAAAGAGAAAUACAUGACAUUAAGCCAUCGAUGGGGAGACUCCAACAUCCCGACACUCACUACCAACACCAUCAUCCCCUGGGCACAAGAGCUCUCUAUCAAAAUAUUACCAAAAACAUUCCAGGAUUUCAUCAUACUAGCUCAGCGCCUCCAAGUUCGCUACGUUUGGAUAGAUUCACUCUGUAUCAUUCAGCAGGGCGAUGACGGAAACGACUGGCGAAUUGAGGCACUUACUAUGGACCAGGUUUAUAUGAACUCGUAUUGCAAUGUCUCUGCUGAUUGGGGUUCUCCUAAACGCGGCUUAUACUUUCAGAGAGACCUUCGGAUGAUUGAUAAGCCAAAUAUUGACUGGCGAGUCAAAAGGCAGCGAAAUCCGGAUGUCGUCGCUGUAGAGAAGUGUGUAAUGGUGGAGAACGAAUUUUGGGAAGAUCAGAUCUCUAGAUCUCCCCUGAGCAUUAGAGGUUGGGUAGUGCAAGAGCGUUGGUUAUGCCCAAGAAAUCUCCGCUUCGGCCCGCGCGAAGUUUUUUUCGAGUGUGGUCAGACCACAUUAUCCGAGAGAUUCCCAAAGGCUUUUCCGAAACCUCUUCUAGAAGGAGAUGUCAUUCUCAAAUCCUCUUUUAGCAAUCUUCAGAUGCUACAGAGCCCACAAGCUGCACUCCUUCCAGCCACUCCGGGGACUGAACUUUACACCGCUUGGGGCCAUGUCUUGUCCAAAUACUCCAGAUGUUAUCUGACUUAUGCAAGCGAUCGAAUUGUUGCUUUCUCUGGAAUCGCAAAGUUCUUUCGGUUAUUGGUAGACGACAACUAUGUCGCUGGGCUGUGGCUCCGGAAUUUGGCCUCUGAUAUGAUGUGG